GGUUUGCUAGAAGCAACAGGAAGACAACCCAAAAGGGGUGCAGGCUUGAAGAAAAAAAACACAGUGGAGGCCGAAAUCAUCUCGGUGUAUUGGCUUCUCCACAGCAGAUCCACUGCUGGGCUAUAAACCUUACCGACCUGCCACUUGUGACCCGUUUGUAUGCGAGUUAUACGUGGCAGAUUAGUGAGCAUGUCUUCCUCAUAGAGCUAAAGUGAGCUUACCUGGCACAGAAGAGAGAGAGAGACACAGACGGGCGAGGCUCUUUCAACUUGGCCAUGGCCCACGGCACCAGCAUCCAGUAUGACCCGGUGGCAGAAAUCGGUGGAGGUGCUUAUGGGACUGUUUAUAAAGCCCGGGACAUUGAGAGCGGGCAGUUUGUGGCUCUGAAGAGCGUGCGUGUGAGGACAGACCAAAACGGCCUCCCGGUCUCCACAGUCAGAGAAGUGGCUUUGUUAAAACGGCUCGAGCAGUUCGACCACCCCAACGUGGUCAGGCUUAUGGAUGUCUGUGCCACCAAGGGGGCAAACCAGGAGACCAAAGUCACUCUAGUGUUUGAGCACGUGGACCAAGACCUUAAGACAUACCUAGAGAAAGCGCCAGCACCGGGAUUAUCUCCAGACUGCAUUAAAGAUUUGAUGAAGCAGUUGCUGUGUGGUCUUGCAUUCCUUCACUCUAACCGCGUGAUGCACAGAGACCUGAAACCAGAGAAUAUUCUGGUAACCAGCCAGGGCCAGGUGAAGCUGGCUGACUUUGGUCUUGCCAGGAUCUACAGCUGCCACAUGGCCCUCACUCCUGUGGUUGUGACCCUGUGGUACCGACCUCCGGAAGUCCUGCUGCAGUCCAGUUACGCCACACCCGUGGAUAUCUGGAGCACCGGCUGUAUCUUUGCAGAGAUGUUCAGACGGAAACCUUUGUUCUGUGGAGAAUCAGAAAUGGACCAACUUGGGAAGAUUUUUGAGGUUAUCGGCUUGCCGCCAGAGGAGGAGUGGCCGACUGAUGUUACACUAUCAAGGAAAAACUUCCCCACUCUCACGGCUCGCCCAAUCACGGACUUUGUCCCAGAGAUAAAUGAGCAUGGGGCGCAACUGUUGCUGAAAAUGCUGACCUUUGACCCCUUGAAACGAAUAUCAGCCUUAAACGCACUAGAACAUGAAUAUUUUCGGGACGAGGCGACGUCGACUCAGACAAAAAGCUGAAGUCAGCCAGGGAAGCAUGCAGCAAGAGGUAACAGUGUCGGAAGUUUCGGCGUAUCAGUGUCAUUCACCGCUCUGCCUUUCACGAUGUCUGCUUCGGAAUAUUAUUUUGUUAUUCCCGCAUCACAAAAAAAAGGUAAAAGGCUGAGAAAGAGGAAUGAAAUGAGGAUCGCUGCUAUGGUUCUCAAUGUGUAAAUGUAACGAGUAAUAACAUGUCACGUCUUAAAGGACAGUACCAGUGUUUUUUCACGUAUCAGUAUCGUCAGCAGGCACUCAUAAACACAAAAGUCGUGUCAUCGCCGACGAAAUGUUCCUCCUGCGACAUUUCUGGACGCGUCAGAUUAGAAAAGCCAUUAGAUAGUGAGUUUACUGUAGCUGUAUUAAUAUAAUACAAUAGGAACAAUAACAUUGUAAGACUGUGACAGGCAUUGAGCUGUAUGUAAAUGAUUUAAGCUAGCUGUGUUAAAAUCGUGAGGAAAAGGAACAAGUAGAAGUGGAUAAGCACACAAGAAUGACACACCUUAUAAAAAUACUGGUAUUGCCCUUGAAUUAGCUCAAGAAACAAAAGUAUUUUUCUAUGUGCUGAAAGACUGAAUGGGUGUAGUUCAUUUUGUGUUUAACAUUUGUCUUCUGUUGCUGCAACCAUCUGAAAACAGUCAUCACUGCAAAUAUAAAUAAAUGUUUCAACCACA